GGGACCGGGCUCCGCCAUCGCGCGGGCAAAAAACCUUAUCAACCACAGCUCUUGCGCCGCCGGCCCUCCCAAUCAUCCACUUCCCCCCAUCUUCUGCCACGCCUGCCGCUUCCGUCGAGGGCGAUCCGGCUUGUACAGAAUCAUGAACUCUGCGCGGCAAUUUCAGAGGUUUGCGCCGGGCGCCUCAUUGAGGGCAUCCGCCCUGCGGAGCUCCCGCUACACGCCAACUUCGCACUACCGGUUCCUUUCGUCGUCCCGGAGAGCGCCACUCAGCGUUUCCGAGAGCGCGACAUGCUCCGCAUCCGUCCUUAUCCAGCGUCAACCGCUCCUGCGUUCUGCGCUGCCCACCAGCGCCAUCCGGCUCGACCGUCCAUCCCAAACCGACGCGCGCUCCUUCCACGUAUCCGCCAGGUUAAAGCAGCAAGAACCCGCAGACAAGGAGGGAAAGGCACGAGCUGAAGCGAAAGAGGGCGAGCAGACGAAGGACUCGAAAACCAAGGAAGAUACCAAAGAAGAGAAGGCGAGCGAGGGCGAGGAAGAGGCGGGGCGUAAGAAAAAGGAGAAGAAAGACGACCUCCCGCCACCGCCGCCCCAUGGCGACAAGACUCCGUGGCAAGUGUUCCUGGACACUAUGCAAAAGGAGUUCCAGCAGUCCAAGGAGUGGAAUGAGUCGACCAAGGCCCUCGCGUCCUCCGCGAACGAAUUCGUCGAGAGUGAAUCCGUCCGGAAGGCACGGCAAGCCUACGAGGCCACCUCCGGCGCUGUCACGUCCACCGCUGCUAAGGUGGUCAAGACAACUGCCGGGGCCGUCGGCAAGGGCGCCAGUUGGACCUGGGAGACUCCCGUCAUGAAGGGCGUGCGGAAAGGCGCGAGCAAGACGGGCGAGGUUCUGGACAAGGCUACCAAGCCGAUCCGAGAGACCGAGGCGUACAAGAACGUCAAGAAUGUCAUUGACGAUGGGAGCAGCUCCCGGUACGGUGGCUGGGUCGACAAGGAAGAGCGCAGGAGGCUGAGGGAGCUGCGGGAGCAGAUGAACAAGAAGAACGGGGCGAACAACCCUGUCUACCAAGAGGACCCCAAUGCCGGAACCAACCUCACGGUUCACAAGGAUGCCGCAUGGAAGGAGGCCUGGAGGGAAUUUAGGGACCAAAACAAAUUCGUCCAGAGCCUCUUCGGCAUGAAGUCGAUCUAUCAAGAGUCGGACAACCCUCUGAUCUCGACGGCACGGAGCAUCACGGACAAGGUUGCGGGCUUCUUCGCCGAGAACGAGACGGCCAUGGUGAUCAAGAAGCUUCGGAGCAUGGACCCCUCCUUCAAGCUCGAGCCGUUCCUCCAAGAGCUCCGCGAGUACAUCCUGCCCGAGGUCCUGGAUGCCUACGUUAAGGGCGACACGGAGACGCUGAAGCUGUGGCUCUCGGAAGCCCAGUAUUCCGUGUACGAGGCUUUGACCAAGCAGUACCUCCAAGCCGGCCUCAAGUCCGACGGCAAGAUUCUCGACAUCCGGGGGGUGGACAUCCUCCGCGCCCGCAUGCUCGACCCCGGCGAGAUUCCUGUCUUCAUUGUCACCUGCAGGACCCAGGAGGUCCAUGUCUACCGUAACGCGAAGACGAACCAGCUGGCAGCGGGCAUGGAGGACAAGGUCCAGCUCGUCACCUACGCCAUCGGCAUUACCCGCAUCGCCGAGGAUGUCAACAAUCCCGAGACCAGGGGUUGGCGAUUGAUCGAGAUGCAGAAGAGCGGCCGCGACUACAUCUAAACGGCCUGUAUUAACACGACCCGACGCACUGCGCGUCUUCUCCCGGGGGUAUACCUCGAAGCGUCUUCUUUGCUUCAGGCGCCAACCUAUUCUCCUUCACUGUGUUCUAUGUCACCAAAUCUGUA